ACUGGUAGGUUUGGAAAGGUUCUUAAUUGGAACCAGAUGUGUGAGAGAGCACGCAGAAACGAGAGGGCUGCAGUCUGUCUGUUGGGCCAUUGUUUCAAAUUUCAUGUGUUGUAAAUUGCUUUAUAGGUCAGGUUUAUGGUCAAGUUCAGUCGGAUUUUAUCGAGAAGAAGUCACAAGACCAGCUGUUGUAUAAAUUCACGGAUGACGCUCCUAACGAUACUCCACGGCCAGGAAAACUCCAGAAGCACACGAUCAUCAUGUCUGUUUACUUCAACCCAGGACCAGAUUCAGAAGUCAACGGAAACAUUACAAAGAUGGAAGAAGCAAAAGUAGAGAUUGAUGAUGGAAAAGAGGAGAGUUUUGUGCCAGACACAAUGUACCAGAGUAUCCGGAAAAAAAUCACUCCAUUUGUUAUGUCCUUUGGAUUUCGUUUAUUUGGGUUGGUGCUCAUUAUUGUGGACAUUGUGCUCGUGAUUGUGGACUUCUCGCUGCCAAAAAAGAGCAGAGAGGUCGGAGAUGCUUUAGAAGCUGUGUCACUCACCAUCUCCUUCUUUUUUCUGGCUGACGUUCUCCUGCGGGUCUAUGUGGAAGGUUUCAAAGUGUACUUCAGCUCGAAGUUGAACAUCGUAGAUGCCUGUGUUGUUGUAAUUACGCUGAUUGUCACCAUGAUCUACGCCUUCAGUGACAUGUCAGGGGUUAGUCUCAUUCCCAGGGCGGUGACAUUUUUUCGCUUCUUGAGAAUUAUUAUCUUGGUGAGGAUUUUCAGAUUGGCAUCUCAAAAGAAAGAGCUGGAGAAGGUCACUAGGAGGAUGAUAUCUGAGAAUAAGAGGCGUUAUCAGAGGGAUGGAUUCGAUCUUGAUCUUACCUAUGUCACUGACCGUGUCAUUGCAAUGUCUUUCCCCUCCUCUGGGAAACAAGCCUUCUACAGAAAUCCAAUUGGUGAGGUUGCAAGGUUCCUAGACACUAAACAUGGAGGACACUACAAAGUUUACAACUUGUGCAGUGAGAAAGGCUACGACCCCAAGUUCUUCCACUACAGGGUUGAACGGGUUUUUAUUGAUGAUCACAAUGUACCCUCCCUAGAAGAUAUGCUGAAAUACACAGCAAGUGUGAGGGAGUGGAUGUCUGCUGAUCCUAAAAAUAUCAUUGCUAUUCACUGCAAAGGAGGGAAAGGACGCACAGGGACUAUGGUGUGCACGUGGCUCGUUGACAGUGACCAGUUUGAGAGUGCACAGGACAGUCUGGAGUAUUUUGGUGAGAGGCGGACAGAUAAGAGUCAGAGCUCCAAGUUUCAGGGAGUGGAGACUCCCUCACAGAGCCGUUAUGUGGGGUACUAUGAGAUCAUGAAGACGCAGUACAAACGACAGCUGCCUCCACCUAAAAGCCUGAGGAUAAAAAGCAUCCGGAUUCACUCUAUAGCAGGUGUGGGUAAGGGGGACGGCAGUGAUCUUAGGGUGAAGAUAAUAGUGAAGAAAGCGCUGGUCUUUGAGUGUCUGUGCGCCAAACAGGAGAACUGCAAAGUAUUUCCUGAUGUGGGCAAUAAUGCAGCUAUCAUCAGUCUGCAGAAUGGGCCUGUGGUUGAAGGGGACGUGAAGGUUAUGUUUGAAUCAAGUGCGGGUCUUCCGAAAGGAUAUGAAGAUGUUCCCUUCUACUUUUGGUUUAAUACGUCCUUUAUAGCAGAAAACAAGCUGUUUUUGCCCAGAGAAGAGCUGGACAACCCGCAUAAGCCUAAAACAUGGAGCCUGUACAAAGAAGACUUUGGUGUCACCAUGUUCUUCUCAGACUCUGAUUAAAGCAACUUUUAAAAAGAAAAGGACAGAAAACAUGUGAUUUUGGAAAAACCUCAGAAGAAAUCAGUAAACACCAAAGAGCUUGCUAUAAUAUUUGAAAUGCCUAAACCUACUGUAUAGAUGUUUAUCUUGGUAAGCCCGAGAUCCAACUCUGAUUGAAAGAACUUAAGGAUUGCUCUGAUGUAUUUUGGCACUUGAAUGUGAAAUGUUGGAACACUUGCGAUUAAACAAGUGGUACAAACCUA